GCACGCAUUGUUUUCAAUUAUCAUCUAAAAAUGUUUCUUAACUGAAACCGAUACAUGACCAUAUCAGCUGUCGGCAGUUCAUUUAUCAGAUUUGAAUUUGGGAUUGAGGGUUUGAGAAAUUUUGUUCAGUAAGGACAUCAUUUGACUUGUUAUAACGACCUUACGUAUUAUUUAAUAUGUCGGAGAAAAGGACAAUAAAGAUAGGAAUUAUUGGAGGAUCUGGUUUGGAUGAUCCUGAUAUUUUGAAGGAUAGAAAAGAGAUCACUGUCGACACCCCAUAUGGUUCGCCUUCUGAUUGUUUGAUCCUGGGAACAAUUCAAGGGGUUGAUUGUAUUCUACUAGCUAGGCAUGGAAGAAAGCAUUCCAUAAUGCCAUCUAAUGUCAACUAUAGGGCUAAUAUACAUGCUCUUAAAGAACAAGGCUGCACACAUGUGAUUGUAACAAAUGCUUGUGGAUCAUUGAAAGAAGAAAUAAAACCAGGGGAGCUUAUAUUUCCAGACCAGUUUAUUGAUCGGACUACAAAAAGACACAGUACCUUUUAUGAUGGAGAGCCUACUUCUCCAAAAGGUGUUUGUCACAUACCAAUGCAUACUCCUUUUUGUCCUGAUACUCGUCAGAUUUUGAAAGAAGUUGCAUGUGAAUUAAAAUUUCCGUACCAUGAAAAGGGUACCAUAGUUGUUAUUGAGGGACCACGAUUUUCAACUCAAGCAGAAAGUCAUCUUUUUCGAUCCUGGGGCUGUGACAUCAUUGGCAUGACUACUGUCCCUGAGGUUGUGCUUGCUAAUGAACUUGGCCUAUGUUAUGCUACUAUUGGUCUGCCUACAGAUUAUGAUAGUUGGAGAUUUGAUAAAGACGGAGUGUGUGUUGAUGAAGUUAUGGCAACUAUGAAAGAAAAUGCACAUAGGGCUUCCCAGGUUAUUGUAAAAGCUAUCCCUGCUAUUGCCAAGAAGGACUGGUCAUCAAUUUUGGAUAAUCACCUGCAAUGUGCUGAUUCAUCUGUUAUGCGUUAAAAGUGUGAUAUGUUAAAGGUUAUAGGUUAAAAAGAAUCAUCGUAAUGUUGUGCCAUAUAAAAAUUUGUUGAAGAUUUCAAGUGCCAUUCUGUUUUGUUUCAAAAACGUAUCCAUUUGUGUCGAAUAUUUCUGCAAAAUAAAUGAAUCUCUGCUAAGUUUUCUUAAACUUGUGUUAUUAAAUAAGACAUGAUUUAAAAUUAAACCCUAUAAAUAUAUUUUUAUUUUAUAUUGAACUAUUAAAAUACAAAUUUUUCACGAACAAAAUGUGCUUUUUUCUAGUCUGUCCUUCAAAGUCAUUUUACAAUGAUUGAACUGAAUUUGCCACAUGAAUUGUAAUUUUUUUUUUCUCUUAAUAAAACUUAUUUUUAAUAUGUA